AUGGAUGAUGACUCAUUGAUGGAGUCAUAUUCGAAUGAAGAAGAUGAUAAUUUUAGUGAUGCUACUUAUGAAGCAAGUACCGAAGAAGAGGAAUUGUCAGAUUCUUUGCCUUUAGAUCUUGAAGAUGAGGAUUUUGUUUCUUUACCAGAAUAUAUGCGGCCGCAUUAUGGUAAUGAUGUUGACAACGAUGUUGGUGAGACUUUAGUCGAGGGUGAUGACGAUGAUCUAAACAUUGACGAAGAUAACGAAGGUACACAACACGUUGAAAAAGGGAAAGUAUAUCCAAUUCAUGAUCCAAACAUGAAUUGGAAAGACACGCGUCCGUUUCUUGGGGAUAGAUUACGGGCAUCUUGGAUGCAAACUGAGAAAUUUUUUCAGAUUAAAAGCCUUAAUGAUAAUCACAACUGUAGUCGAAAUUACAGUUUAGGGUCCCUAGUGACAGCCUCAUGGAUUGCAAAGAUGUACCUUAGAGAACUCAUUGCAAGACCUUUUGUUAGAAUAAGAGACAUGCAAGCGGAUAUAUUGCGUGACUACAUGGUUAAAGUAAGUAGAGGUCAGUGUUGUCGAGCAAAAUCUAUGGCAAUGUUCGAAAUAGAGGGUGGACUGAAAGAACACUAUGUGCGAAUUUGGGAUUAUGCACAUGAGAUUUUAAGAUCCAAUCCCGGAAGUUCUGUGAAAGUGGGAGUAAAUGGUAUGCCAGAUGGAAGUAAUGUGUUCAGUAGGAUUUAUAUAUGUUUUAAAGCUUUAAAAGAAGGUUGGGUUGCAUGCAGGAAGGUAAUAGACUUAGAUGGAACAUUUUUAAAAGGGUUAUGUAAAGGGGAACUUUUAACAACAACAGGUCGAGAUGCAAAUAACCAGAUUUAUCCCAUAGCUUGGGCUGUUGUGAAAGUAGAGAACAAAGAAAACUGGAAGUGGUUCAUUGAAUGCUUAAAAGAUGAUAUUGGCAUAAGUGAUGGGAGGGAUCUUACAAUUAUAUCUUAUAUCUGA